AUGGCUCCAUUUCCAUCUCCACUCGAACGUACUGUUGCUUCAGCUCUUCUCCUUCUCUCCAACAGACCAACAACUCCCUCUCCUCCAGAAUCGCGGUUUGAUGCAGAACUGGUGGGAGAGGAAACAGGGAGCAAUAGCAGCGAUGAUCAGAGCAUGAGCUUGGCGUCCGCUGAAUCAAAGCCGUCUGUUUCGGCUCUUGAUGCAUCUCGAGAGAUCCUCGAUCACCAGCUGAGGAUAAUCACGGUUGCUGCUCGCUGCCAUGAGAUGAACCUCAAGGUGGUGCGGAGGAGUCGUUCCAAGCUCUGUCUCUCCGAUGACGGUGAAAAAGCCGCCAAAAAACCAUUGAAUAAGGCAUCCUCUAGAUCCGACACAACAGAGGUUUCGUGCUUGUCGAGCAGCUCGAACGCGCGAAGCCGAUGUGUCGGCAAUGUUGAGAAAAGUUGUGCCAAGGCUCUCGAGGAACUAAAGAAGAAGCACGGAGGUGGUUCGGCUCAAAUGCUUCGCCGUGCUGAAGCCAUUUUGAAGUUGCUUUCUGACAGUGGUUCCUCUGAAAUGAAGAUCCGCCAAGUGCUCGGCGACAGCCCUGACACAAGCAAAGCUCUCAGAAUGUUGUUGAAGUUGGAGGAAAUCAAGAGGUCUGGCACAGGAGGGAGGCAGGACCCGUAUAUUUACACGAUAGCCUGA